AUGUCUGCGGACGUGAGCGGCAAGCCUGCCGCACCGGCGUCGUUCAUUUGUGCGGCCGUGGAGGCGCGCGAGGAAGACGCGUCGCCAGUCUCUUCGGUGACCUACUCGGCGCACCUGGACACAGCCGGGUCGCUCGUCGGGGUCGCCUCCCCCGACCGGCUCGCGGGGCCCGCCGCGGGCGCGGCGAGCCCCAAAGGUGGAGACGGCGCGGCGGCGCGCAUGGAUCUGCACACAAAGUCGGCGGGCGUGGAGACCCCGGGGCGUGACCCCAGCGGCGGCUCGAGCUGCAGCGGCGUCCUCGGGUCCAACAGCCCUACGGCGGCAGGCGGCACGCACGGCGGCUUUUCGUCGCCGGGUCUGCGUGCGACGUCGCCCCCCCGCGCAGACCCGACCAAGUUCGCGGCGGUCGCGCGGCCGCACGCGCUUGCCGCAGCCGGCGGCCUGGAGUCGGGCGGCGGCGGGAGCUCUUCGCGGGGGGACGCGGUUCUCCCCGACGUGGUCAUGAUUAAGUUGGUGAUUUACGCCGGGAUGAACAUGGAGGGCCGGAAGCUGUACUGCAAAUUCUACCACGGCAACUGCAAACACAAGACCUCCGCGGCGGCGGCGCGGCGGAAUCCGGAGUGGAAGGAAUGGUUUUCGAUUGCACACUUCCCGCUCAAACAGACGCCGAUUCUCCGCAUCGAGGUCUGGGGUGGAGGCUUCCUGGGCAAAGAAGUCAAAGGCUUCUGCGACGUCGACCUCUCGCCCGUGCUCUACGACUCCAUCCUCAUCGACGGCCUCUACGACGUGCGCGGAUGCGGCGGUCAAAUCAGGGUGAAGCUGAUCAACAUGGAUCUGCUCCCGCGCUGGGAACGGACGAUCGCGGCGGAGGCGGCGCUGCGCGCCAUCGGCGAAGACGACCCCGAAGGCGUCCUCGCGCUCAUGGUCGAUGACCUCAAACGGCGAUUCCCCGCCGUCCCGUACGAGGAAAUCGCAGUUACUCUCCGCGCGCACGACUGGAAAAAGGCUCUCGCCGCCACCGAGCUCGCAAACCGCGGUCCACAAAGAGUCAAAGCCACGCUCGCCAUCAGGAAGCACCGCACCAUGGCGGUCGACGGCCCUGGGCAGGGCUGUUUGUCGCUCAAUCUUAGCGGCGCCGCGGACUCUGCGAAGCACGAGAGCUUCAUGGAACGCAAGAAACGCCAACAGAUUCGCGAGGUUGCCAGGAUGUUGCCGGAUGUUGAUGUCGAAGAAGUCGAAUUCACGCUGCGAGCAAACAAUUGGAAUCUGUGUGCGGCUGUGGACGAGCUGAUCCUUGCGCACCGCGAUACUGAGGCGCAGCCCGAGUCGAAAACCGAAGACAUCAGAAUCACAAAACUUGAAACGCUUGCUCAAGCCGGUGGAUUUGUGGCGGUUGAGCAGCACAAGGGCAGCCUGGAAGUGCGACAUUCGUCUGCGCUUCGUCCUGUGCGCGAAGGCGUAGGAGACAAGAAGUUCCAGCAGCGCCGCAUGGUGUUUGAGAGAGAGAAGCCGAACGCGUAA